UAUAUAAGACCCGACGCUGUCUCCCUAAAUCACACACGUUCCCCAAGUUUCCGAGAAACCAGGAAAGAUGAAGUUGCUCAUUGCUCUCGCCGCCGUCGCAGCCGUGGUCGCAGCCAGACCCGGUUACUCGAGCUACGAUUCGGCCAUCAGCUACGACGGACACGGCGCAGGGUACGCCGGCUAUCACGGCCCUGCCGCGCCCCUCGCUCACGACGGACGCGUCGUCGAGACACCCGAGGUCGCUCACGCGAAGGCUGCUCACCUCGCCGCUCACGCCGAAGCCGCCGCCAAGGCGUCCUGGGGCGCGCCGGCCGAUGAGGAAUACGGCUACGGUCACUCCGGUCACGUGGUCGGCUACGCCGCCCCCGCCGCUUACGGUGAGCACUCGGCUCACGCCGGGCACGGAUACCACGGCCCUCCCGCCCCCCUCGACCACAAGGGGCGCGUCAUCGACACCCCCGACGUCGCUCACUUGAAGGCCGCUCACCUGGCCGCUCACGCCGAGGCUCUGGCCAACGCUCACCACAGCGGAGGCUACGAGGGCGAAGGCUACUACGGCGGCUCCGCCGAACACGGCUUCGCGCACGGCGCGGGUCACGCGUAUCACGGACCUCCCGCCCCCCUCGCUUACGACGGCAGAGUCGUCGACACCCCCGAAGUCGCUCACGCCAAGGCCGCUCACCUCGCCGCUCACGCCGCCGCCAGCGACGCGUACGGACACGGUUACUACCACGGAUACGCCCCGGCACCCGCUGCCUACAACAAGUGGAUCGUCUUGUCCGCCCUCGCCGCCCUGGCCGUCGCCUCCCCAUCGGCGAUCGUGCCCUACGGCUACCACGCCGGAGCCCCCCUGGGUCACGACGGUCGCGUAGUCGACACCCCUGAGGUGGCUCACGCCAAGGCUGCCCACCUCGCCGCCCACGCCCACGAAGCCGCCAAGACCUCUGGAUACGGACACGGAGUCCACGGAUGGGCCGCCCCUGUCGCUCACGCCUGGGGUGCCCCGGCCUACGGAAAUGCUUACGGAUACGCUGCCGCUCCCUUCGCCGGUGCCUGGGCUGCCCCAGCCCACGUCUACGGAGGCCACUACGCCCACGGUGCUCCCCUCGGCCACGACGGACGCGUCGUCGACACCCCUGAGGUAGCUCACGCCAAGGCCGCUCACCUCGCCGCUCACGCUCACGAAGCCGCCAAGACCGCCAGCCACGGAUACGGAGUCCACGGGUGGGCCGCCCCUGCUGGUCUCGCCUACGCCGCCCCCGUUGCCUACGGACACGGGUACGGACACGGGUACGGACACGGACACGCCGCCCCCAUCGGACAUGACGGCCGCGUCGUCGACACCCCCGAGGUCGCCCACGCCAAGGCAGCGCAUUUCGCCGCUCACGCCGAGGCCAAAGCCCAUUCUCACGCUCAUUACUGGUAGAUUACAACUGGAUGAAGAUAAAUGAUCUUCCACUGCGUACCUCGCCGACCACCGACUUGCCUCUAGGAGACUCCCUUUUUAUACGUACGAUACUGGAAAACCAAUGCGACGCGUGUCGGGCUAGUCCGAUGUGCCCGCUGAAAUAGACAAAACUUAUUUUUUAUCAAAAACAAAGAGAAAAAAAAAACGAAAAAAUAUUCAAAAACAAAACAAUACACGCAACGCUUUUGGUAUACA